AUGUCACAUGCCCAAUUUUGGGAUGAGAAGAUUGUCCCUCGGCCCCCACCGUACGUCCUCACCGCUUUGUAACAACAGCUAUCAGCAUCAACUGCUGAUUCCUCCUAACCUGUCAACAUGGUCAACGUACACAAAGGUGUCCUUGUUGAAUGUGAUCCUGCCAUGAAACAGUUCCUCCUCCACCUGGAUGAAAAAAUGGCCCUGGGCAAGAAGUUCAUCCUCAAGGACCUUGAUGACACUCACGUCUUCAUCCUCGCAGAGGUGGUCCAGACCCUGCAGGAGAGAGUGGGGGAGUUAAUGGACCAGAAUUCCUUCACCAUCACACAGAAAUAACAAAGAAGUCUUCCUUCUGGAACCGUGGCCCGUUUAAGAGUUUGUCGUUAAAUGCCCGUCGUUGCAGACCGAAAUGGCAGGUUUUUUUGUUACAAUAAAUGUGAAAAGUAAAAUGUU